UGUGUCCAGAUUGUGCAGUACGUAUUUGUCCUUUGAUUAUCGUGGAAUGAAAUUAUUCGAAUGUGACUGCCUUUCAAAAUUGGUCUAUUUGUUUCAGUCGCAUAGAGUAUAAAUGUGUAAACACGAUUAUCUCCCUUUGAUAAUACUCAGUAACAUCCUUUUUCAUGUGCCAGCUUUUCUCUUAUGACGUUUAGACAUGGUUUGCCGUUGACGGACAUGCGCAUGUAACCUUCCUAAGAGGAAAUAGCACACUUCGAAUCGGCACAUGUGAAUAACCUGAUUAGGAUACGUAACAUGGUUCAUUUUGCUGGUUACAGUUAACUACAGCGUUUUCAUGACACAAUAUUGGAGGCAUUAUCGAUGUAGCAUAUCAUCUCAGCUGGGAUGUAUAGCUUGGAUCAUUUACACCUAGCAGUAUCGGAAGCCGUCCUCCGAUGUCAGUCGUAACACAAGACAAGUUAUCUGUCAUCUUUGAAAUAAUGACACGACUUACUAUGAAGCUGUCAGUGGGCCUUGGAACCUUAAAAUUAUUCUUUAUCAUGAGCAGCACGAGUUUAAACUACUACACCACAGCAGAGUUUAUCUGCCCUGACGUAUCCUACAUCGAGGAAUCUGCUCUGAUGAAUUGUUCGACGUCGACACCUUACACCGCUCUUCAAUACACUGGUCCACGUUCAACUCUUGGUCCACAGUGUAUAGCAUCAUUACAGUUGUGUACACCUAUAAACGAAUAUAAUGCAAGUAUCAUCAACCAAACCCACAGUAGCCUCCGGAUACUGACCGUGAAACCACAUCACGCAGGACAGUGGACAUGUGCUGAUAUUCCAAAUGGUCCUCUUGCAUCCUGCAAUGUUGUCAUAACAAAGACACCAACGUGCAGCAUUACCAGUACUGAGGACACAGAUGUAUUUGCCCUGUAUCAGACGCUGACACUCACAGUGGACAUCCGGGGCUACUUCUGUUCUGCAGCUUUUCACUUCUCACUCCAGACUGGGAACGUGUCGACACUACUGCUGGGAGCUGAACAUGUAGCUAAUGUCACUGACAAAUUUACUGCAGUAACCCUCAAUGUGACGAAAUCCCACCUCGGAAUUGUAGGCUUGAUCUUCAGCUGUCACACCAAACAGUGGAAUACAACUUGCGAUGGCGUGACGGAACUCAAGACUCCAACCUGCAGCAUAUCAAGUGACAAGGACACUGACAGACUUGACCUGAAUGAAGAGCUGACUCUCUCAGUGGACAUUAUUGGCUACAACUGUCCUGUAGCAUCCCACUUCACUCUACAGACAGGGAACGUCCAACAAUUACUGGAUGGCAGUGAUGCCGAGGCUGGUUUUGAUCGUGCAGCACAAACGUUUAAUGUGACCGAAACACACCUGGGUGGUGUGAGGCUGAUAUUCAACUGUCAACACAGACACUGGAAUCUGACCUGCGAUGGCAUAACGGAUCUCCGUGAGAAAAUCAAAACAAGUGAUGUCCUAGCCACAGCCUCCACUCCAGUUAUUGCUGCCUGCGUUGUUGGUGCGAUAGUGUUUCUCAUCAUCGUCGUCCUCAUCGUGUUUCUCAUCAAAAGAAAACAGAAGGAGACGAAAGAAUCGGAAAACUGGGUCUGGAUGUCAAACACACAUUAUUAACCUAAGUACCACUGCUUCCGUAUCACUGCCUCGCCUGUGCUGCAAAAAGAUGUUUUUUCUUUGCAGAAUCCUUAGAGAGAUAGGACAUGGAAUUGCAUAUAGACGCAGUUUGGUAAAUUUCCUUGUGUGUGUUCGCAUGAUAUAGCUUGUAUAUAUACAUAGCUGAUCGUGUGUUUUAGGGAAAUGUCCACCCCUUGUCUGCAAUAUGAUCACUUUUUCAGCCUCUUUAUACAAACAGACGUUCAAAAGAAACUAUACCAAGAAACGUUAUCUCAUAUUCCUUUAUAUUUUGGAGAAUGGAAAUUACUGCUGCUUAAAUAUUUCGCCCAAAUACAACAAAAUGUAUCUGAAGACUUAAAGUGUUAUUUAGCACCAAACAAGACGAGCAUUGUGCCGUAAUGACGUAUGUACACGUAGCACGGAAUGCAUGUGCUAAACUGGUAUACAAAUCAGAUGAUACCAUCCGAUCGCAGUAACCAAAAGAGAACAGAAAAUAAUGCCUCGUUUGUAAGCAGCACAGAGAGAGAGGCCUUGGUAUGGCCAAGCUUCAGACUACGCAUGACAAGAUUGCAAGGACUUCCGGGUGUACCAAUGCUUCCGUAAGCAGGUUGAUGAAACGUCCACAGCACUUUUUACCAAUAGAGAGCAGAGAGCAGACACGCAUAUGAGUGGAAGGGUGCAUGUUAACAAGCCCAGUCAACGCUGUCACUUGCGUGUUGUACAUCUCGGAAACAGUUUCAUUCCCCGACGACAUCUGCAUCGACGAGUCUCGGACAUCGUUUAAGUCGACAGUGUCUUCCCCAACACUGACGUUGGCAGUUUUGGGACUGGGGACGAUGCUGAUUUUCUGAAGAGGGCAUGUUUGCAGGGAUCAUAGUGACAGGCCCAUCUUAAGGCCAGACCAGACUUGGAGCGAUCUCUUCUUUGUGAAUGGGAACAGAGACCCGCGACGACGUAUUGUGCCGUGCACUGAUCCAUGAUGCACGAUGUGGACAUAAGCGCUGAUAUAUAUUUUAUUAUAAAUCCAAAGUUUACUGCCUUUGCAGAGCCUUAACAUACUGUCGGUGGACAUUGUGGCUCGUCGCAUUUGCCCUACCUGUGUCUUGGGUCACUGUCACUUGAAGUGUUUCGGCGUUUUUUUGUGGCUUUUUUUCACCAAACGGAAACGCACCACUGUUAUUAAUGUGUUGAUAUAUUUUGAACAUGCGGCAUGUUUAGGAUGUUCGUCAAUGGUUAAUCGAAGUAAUGGUAUAGUUUAUUGUGGACGUCAGUGUAUAUAGAGUAUGUAAUCCAAUGCUUUCUCUGUUCGUGAUGAUUAAUGUUUCCCUGCCUUUGACAUGCCUUAUCUCUGAAAUGCGCAUUCUACUUGUCUUGGUUAUCGAUUGGAGGUUCUUUGCUAUUUUACAUAUUUAAUUUAGAAUCCUAUCUAAAUUUAUUUGUUCUUAAGGUAACUGGUAAAAAGGAAUAUCAGUGUAGGUAAAACACACCUGGAAUUGUAUGGGGUAUAAUAUUUACAAUCUUCAACAUCAGUUAUUGGUCGAAAGUGUAAAUGUUGUCGGGUUUAAAGAAUCGAUAAGUGCAAGUUUAGAUUCCAGUUAUAGAGGUCGGUCGACAACUGCCUGAUAGCAUGCAGGUCCUUUUACCUGUGGAUCUGCAUUUUCCUCCAGGUACGAUAACAUGGUAUAUGCUGCUCAUAGCUUCCGGCUAACUUGGCUUUGCCAUGUCAAAUUUUUUUUCUGUUGUGUAUAUGUGUGUAAAUGAUUAAAUAAUGGAAUUAGUUUUGCGAACUGAGACCCCUUUGGAAGUCCCGUUUAAAGUUAGGUCCAAGCAACCUAUAUUGGAGGAAGGAGGCUACUUAAUGAAUUGUGUGGUCAGGCUGGUUGACGUAGUUGAUGAUUUACCUCGAAGGGGUGGGUUGCUGAGUCUCAUAUCGAUCACUGAAUUAUCCUUUCCAGACUCUGUUAUAAGUUGUUUUUGCUUGUUUGUUUGUUGUUUAGCGUCGCACUCAGUAAUAGUCCAGCUAUAUGACGGUGGUCUGUAAAUAAGCGAGCCUGGACCAGACAUUCAAGUGACUGAUACCAUGAGCAUCGAUCUACGCAAUUGUGAUUCGAUGACAUGUAUCAACCAAGUCAAGGAGUCUUACCACCCGAUACCGUUAGUCGCCUUUUACGACAAGCAUUGUGGCCUUUUACGGCAAGCAUUGCAAUUGGUUGCUGAACCUAUUUAACCCUCAUCGUCACGGGGCCGAUAAGAAGGCGGAUGUCCUGUUGCUGAAAUGUUGCUGAGUGCGGCGUAAUGCAAAAACAAAUAUGAGAUAUCAAAUGAAAUAAUACACGUGACACUGCACUUCACUUCUUUCAUUUAUUUUUUUUUUCGCUUUUUUUAUAUCGCACUUUACUUUAAACUUUAAUGGUUACGUUAGAAGGUAAAACUAUGUUUUGAAGAUAAGACGUGUCCAUGGUCAGUGGAAAGAGCGUCUGAUCAGAAACCGGAAGGGCGUUAGUUCGAUCUAUGAAAAAAAGAGGCAUGCAGUUAAUCUGCCUGGCCCUCUGCAUUAAGGGGAUAUGUCAAGGACUCUCCGGUUCCACCACAUUUCACCUCACCGCACCUUUUUUGAAGAUUCUAUUUUAUUUUUUGGGAGGACAGAUUCACAUACUGCAUAUUAUAUGACCCAUGAUUACAUCAUAUAGUGGAUUAAAGGUAAAAGAAAUUUGCAAUAAAUAUAGUUGAUCGGUCAACGUUGUAAAUGAUCAUUUAUCAGGAAUAUUAAGUUUGAAAUCAGGACUGAUAAUAUGUAAAGUUAUGUUCAAGCAUAGAAUGCAAUGUUACUUGACAGUUGUGAAGAAAUCAAUAAUUGAACGUUGUUAUAUUCUGUUUUUGAAACGAUGAAAUAAUUAUGUAUCAUUCAAUCAGUCAUAGACAUAAUUAAGACUGAAAUAAUAGAAUCAUAAGAAAAUAUAAGUUCUAAUGCUGGGAUUGGGAGUGGCAGCUGGGUGAGUGAGUAUUUCUACUGGAGGGAUUGGGUGCCUUCCUUGCCAAGUAUAAAGUUUAAUUCAUUGAAGCGGUUUGUACCCGUAUGUGUUCUCUAAGGAUGAUACCAGUGGCAACUUUAUUUUUUUGCCACUCCAGCCCUCGAGUGCAAUAUGGAUUUCUAAUAUUCUUUUAUAGACAUAUAGUAUAUAACCACUACCUUUUAUGAAUAAUCACUUUUAUUUUGUUCUGUUAUGUUUUUUUUUCCUAAUGCACAUGCAUGAUACAACCUUGUGUUCACGUCAGUUUACAGGUUUACAAUCAUAGUGAUAAUCUUGUAGAAAUAACAUGUUAAAUGGUUUUAUUCCUACAACUUAAUAACAAUUGAAUAACAAAUUCUCGUUUCGUCUAUGCUUCAUAAAUUCAGGUGCUUUUCCCUGAUCAACCUAGGUAUUCUUUAAACUUUUAACGUUGUGUGGAACUGAAUUAUGUUUUUGUUUUUUAGGAUAUGAUACACUUUGUUAAAAACAUGUAAAGAAAGAGAUAACCAUAUGCAUUGAACUGAUUUGAUCAUUUCUUAAACACAUACUAGUUGAUUUGUGAAUCUAAGCAAACUUCGUCAUCAACAUAACUGUAUCACAAUGCAUUGCCAUAUUAUUUCUUCAAAUGUUAAGCAUUGAUAUGACUAAAUUGUACAUGAUUUUGCAAAUGCCAUAUUUACUUUUUUGUAUAAAAUAAAUUGAUGUUCUUUGGUUUUA